CGACUUAUAAUAACCUCCCGCCCCAAUCCACGCCAUCAAAGAUGCAGUGUUCUAGUCUAGAAUAGUUCUAGUCUGGCUUCUGAGAUUGUUAGUUUGCCAUCCAAAUAGGUCUAAGGCUGUGUAUUCACCAUGACGCAAGUUCACACUGUCUUGUUCACGUUCAAGUCAUCUGCUUCCGAUGACCAGGUCAAAGAUGCCUGCAAGCAGUUCAUCACCCUCAAGGACAAGUGUAUCCACCCCACGAGCCAGGCACCAUAUAUUCUGUCGUUGAAGGCUGGCAGGGAUAACUCCGAGGAGGAUUGUCAGGAAGGCCUGACGCAUGCCUUUGUGGUCGAGUUUGCCUCGGCGGAGGAUAGGGACUAUUAUACCCACAAAGAUCCAGCCCACCAGGACUUGAUCAGGGCCAUGGAUCCUCUGAUUGAAAGGGCCGUUGCGGUCGACUUUCUCGAUGGAGUUUUCUGAGGACAGAUGCUGCAGCUCUGAUCCGGGACCAUGCGACGGGUUUUAUCCAAAUCUCGUCCCUAAUUUUGAACUUUUUGUCUUUCUUUUUGCCCUCCCCAGCCGACAAUGCCAUGUACACCACAAAAGGGGAAGAAUAAAUGGGUAAUUUAGGGAGUAUCUGGGAAAGCACGGUUACCAACGUAUCAGGA